UUACUCAGUUUUUUUCUCAUGUUGUUCAAGUGAUUAUUUAUUAAUCUGUUUUUGCUAUGUUUGUAUCGUAGAUUCGUAGGGUUAGGGUCUUAUGUGUGGCUUUUCUUACUUGCAUGCAGCUUUCAUCAACUUUUCUGCUUUGUUUUUUUUUUCUUCUGAAAAUUUUGUUAAAACUUUAUUUUUUGCGUGUGUGCUAGGUUUUGUUCAUGUUAGUUUUGUGAUUUGGUUCCUUUUAUGAUAGAUUUGGUUUUGUUUUUUGAUUAAUAACAACAGUUUUUUUGUAAAAUAAUAAUUAUGCUAAUGCAAGGAGAAAAUUUUAGAUGUAAACCAUGUAGAUUGAUGAUUUGGUUGUCUAGAAAUAAUGUGUUGAACUGAAUUUUUUUGAGUAAAAUCGAUUAGCUGAUUACGAGAUGAAAGUUUUUGAUGAGUUUGAUAACGCGAUUAUGGCUACAUUAUCUGGACUGGAGUGCGAUUUUUUAUGACAUGGAUUGACACAACCGUGAAUGCGGUUUAGGAUGUUGGUUAUUAGUGUAGGUAGUUUGUUUUUGUUCAAUAACAAUUGUGGUGAUGGUGAAAGUUAAAACUGUGAUUUUCAACUUUUUUGAGUGGACCAGUUGUCUGAAAUUAUUUUGGAGUUUGAGGUUGUUGAAUUCUGGUGUUUGAGAUGGAAUCGGAAGUUGGGGGUCGUAGUACCCCUAAGACGGAAUCUGAAGGUGAAGCUUUGAACUCAAAGAUAAAGAAGAGUGGAAAUCUAAGCGGCAAAGAUAUGAUAUUCAGAGCUGACAGAAUUGAUUUGAAAACUUUGGAUGCUGCGCUCGAAAGGCACUUGAGCAGGGCUUAUUCCAGAAGCACCGAGGCUAAGAGGCCUAGAGAAGAGUGGGAGGUUGAUUUGGCCAAAUUGGAUUUACGAUAUGUUGUUGCAAAUGGAGCUUAUGGCACUGUCUACCGGGGAACUUAUGAUGACCAAGAUGUUGCUGUGAAAGUGUUGGACUGGGGUGAGGAUGGUGUUGCCAGUGUUAAUGAAAUUUCUGCUUUACGAGCAGCAUUUCGGCAGGAGGUUACUGUUUGGCAAAAACUUGAUCAUUCAAAUGUCACAAAAUUUGUUGGAGCUUCAAUGGGCACUUCAAAUCUUAAGAUUCCUUCAGACGCUGGUGGUCAAAACCCCCUUCCUUCCAAGGCGUGUUGCGUUAUUGUUGAGUUUGUUCAUGGAGGGACAUUAAAACAAUUCUUGUUGAAAAAUAGGCGGAAGAAACUUGCAUACAAGGUUGUGGUUCAGUUGGCUUUGGAUCUCGCUAGAGGUCUUAGUUAUCUACAUUCGAAGAAAAUUGUUCACCGCGAUGUAAAAACUGAGAAUAUGUUGUUGGAUGAAAAUCAAAACUUGAAAAUAGCUGAUUUUGGAGUUGCUCGAGUUGAAGCGAUAAACCCAAGUGAAAUGACGGGUGAAACUGGAACCGUUGGAUACAUGGCGCCAGAGGUUAUAAAUGGUAAGCCAUACAACAGAAGCUGCGACGUCUAUAGCUUUGGCAUUUGCUUGUGGGAAAUUUAUUGCUGUGACAUGCCUUAUCAAAACCUUAGCUUUGCUGACGCGUCAUCUGCCGUUGCUAAUAAGAAUUUACGACCUGACAUUCCUCGAUGUUGUCCAAGUGAGUUAGCAACUAUAAUGAAAAGAUGCUGGGACAAACAUCCAGAAAAGCGUCCACAAAUGCAAGAGGUAGCAAGAAUGCUGGAAGAACUUGAUACAAGCAAAGGAGGUGGAAUGAUACCAGAUGAUCAGAGUCCUUUUUGUUUUUGCUUUAGGCCUGCUCGUGGUCCAUAAUUAUACAUACUCGAUUUUUGAUGAGUAUUAUUAUGUACAUUAGUAGUUACCGUCGACUAUGUAAACAUGGGAGAUGUGUUGCAAUUUUCAACUGUAAUUUGUUGGCUUGUCAAUUUACUUCUGAAUUAUAUAUUUUUUAAUACAAUGAACUAUAGAUAUUGAACUAGUUAUG